UUAACAAUCGCAACUUCCAAACGCUGAAGUAACCAAGGUAAUUUACCAACACUGUGAUUGUUCUCCUGAUCCUGAAAGCGAGGAGGGAUAGAGGGCCGGUUCCCGACUUCUUCUAACUCCAUGCACAGACAGCUGUACUCACUUUCUAAACCGAGUUCAUUACAACAACUCUUGCCCUAAACUCAGCUCUCCUCCAAAUUCUCCGACUCAUUCUCUACCCAAAACAAAAUGGAAAAAAAAGAAAUAGAAAUAUCUCUCCUCUAAUCACUGUCACCUCACUAAUUAGAUGCUUAACAUAAUUAAUCAAUCUAUCUACCCCCAACUAACUCAUCUCUCAAACACAGCCACCUUAAUUACAAUUAGUAAGCACCGCCACAGUCGCUAAUUACAUUUUACGUAAUGGCUCAAUCGUCCAUCAUAAUACUCUGCAUCUCCGUCGCGGCGGCGUUCACCGUCUUCCUCCUCCUCCUCUCCGCCACCGAUCAUCAUCGCAGCCACACUACCACGAAUGUCGCUCGACGUGGUCUCGAGAAUCUGCCUCACGCGCCGGCGAAGCGAUUCUCUCACGUCUGCGGCUCCGACAAGGCCGCCGGCCUGGCGUUCUGCGACCGCUCGCUGCCGUACGACGUGAGGGCGGAGGAUCUGGUCGCGCGGAUGACGCUGGAGGAGAAGACGCAGCAGCUCGGCGACAAUGCGCGUGGCGUGACGCGCCUGGGCCUCCCGCCGUACGAGUGGUGGUCGGAGGCGCUCCACGGCGUCUCCAAUGUGGGCCCGGGGGUGUUUUUCGACGGCGUGGUCCCCAGCGCCACGAGCUUCCCCACCGUCAUCGUCACCGCGGCGUCGUUUAACGCAACGCUAUGGAAAGCCAUUGGUCAGGCCGUGUCGACGGAGGCGAGGGCCAUGUACAAUUUGGGCCGGGCCGGGCUGACGUUCUGGAGCCCAACGAUGAACGUGGCCCGGGAUCCGAGGUGGGGCCGGACAAUGGAGACACCUGGCGAGGAUCCAUUCGUCAUCGGCACGUAUGCUGCCACGUACGUGCGAGGGUUGCAGGAUGUGGUCGAUGAGUGUGGGGAAGUGGAGAAAUCCGGGAAGGGUUCGGAUUCCAGGCCUUUGAAAGUGGCGGCUUGCUGCAAGCACUACGCCGCUUAUGAUAUGGAUCAUUGGCAUGGAAAAAGUCGUUACCGUUUUGAUGCCAGGGUGAGAGAGCAAGAUAUGGUGGAAACAUUUGUUCGACCAUUCGAGAUGUGCGUGAAAGACGGGGACGUGAGCAGUGUAAUGUGCUCGUAUAAUCGGGUGAACGGAAUUCCCACUUGUGCCGAUCCUAAACUUCUGAACGAGACAAUCAGGGGCCGGUGGAAACUCAAUGGGUAUAUAGUAUCGGAUUGUGACGCAGUCAAGAACAUCGUUGAGCAUCAUAAAUACUUAAAUGAUACUCCAGAAGAUGCAAUGGCACAAACUCUGAAAGCAGGCCUGAAUUUGGACUGUGGAAACUACUUCCCUAAAUACGUUGGCCAAGCAGUGCAUCAAGGCAAAGUCGGCGCCAACCUCAUCGACGCCUCCCUCAAAUCCCUCUACGUCGUCCUCAUGCGCCUCGGCUACUUCGACGGCUCGCCGGAAUACAGCCACUUGGGCAAACAGCACAUCUGCACGCCGGAUAACACCCAACUCGCCGCCGAAGCGGCGAGGCAGGGCAUCGUCCUCCUCCGAAACGACCAACACACCCUGCCUCUCGCCGCCGGCAAGACGAAGACCCUCGCCGUCGUGGGCCCGCACGCGAACGCCACGCUCGCCAUGAUCGGCAACUACGCGUUCGACCCCAACCGGCCGGGAUUCCCCUGCCGCUACGUCUCCCCUGUUUCGGGGCUCUCAUCGUACACCAAAGUCAGAUACUCCCCCGGAUGCGCCGGCGUCCGCUGCCCGGACAAGACCAUGAUCGCCCACGCAAGGAAGACAGCCAGAGCGACCGACGCGACGGUGAUCGUCGCCGGAAUCGACGUCUCCGUCGAGACGGAAGGGCUUGACCGGAACGAUCUCCUGCUUCCCGGGUACCAAACAGAGCUCAUUUCACAAAUCGCGAGAGUCUCCAAAGGGCCGGUGAUUCUCGUGAUAAUGUGCGCCGGCGGCGUGGAUGUCUCGUUCGCCAAGAACGAUCCCAAUAUCAAAGCCAUCUUGUGGGCUGGGUAUCCAGGGGAAGGCGGCGGGACCGCCAUUGCUGACGUCAUCUUCGGCCGGUACAAUCCCGGAGGGAGAUUGCCGUUGACUUGGUAUCCAGCAAACUACGUCGAAAAGUUGCCGAUGACGUCGAUGCCACUGAGACCGACCGGCCGGUUCCCCGGCCGGACUUACAAAUUCUACGAUGGGCCUUCCGUUUACCCAUUCGGAUUCGGCCUCAGCUACACGAGCUUCCUCUACAACCUGACGAAGCCCAAAAACUCCAUCAUCGACAUGAAGAUGAAGAAAAACAGAGUCGCUGCGGCAGGGUGCCACGACGUGACUUAUGCCGCCGGCCGAUCGCAGAAGCCGCGGUGCCCGGGAACCCUGGUGAAGAAUCUGGAAUGCAAAGAGAAGCUGAAGUUCGAGGUUACAGUGAAGAACGUCGGGGACACAGACGGGAGCGAAGCCGUCUUGGUUUACUCGAGACCGCCGGAAGGGAUAGCGGGAGCCCAUUCGAAGCAGGUGAUUGGAUUCCGGAGGGUGUUUGUGAGAGCUGGAGGGAGCAAGAAGGUGAAGUUUGCGGUGAAUGGUUGCGACGGCUUGGGGAUCGUCGAUGAGGCUGCUUACAAAGUUCUGCCGUCGGGGACACACACCAUCGUUGUCGGAGACAGCGGUGGCGUUACGUUCCCUGCUCAGGUGGCGUUUCACUGAGGAGGAGGGUUUUUAGUUGCCAGGAAGCAGAGUCGGAUUUUGAAUUUAGUUUAGAGCAUAGUUAGGGAAGUUGUGUUCCGGCGGAUCGGUUCUUUCCUGGUCCAAGCAAAUGAAUGGAAGGGUUUUCUCAGUUACACACUCCUGUAAGCAAAACAAGAUCAGAAUCAUUAGAUGAUGUCUUCCUGCAGAGAAGAACCCCGUCACUUAAAGCUCUGGUUUUUGACUGUCGAGAAUCAAGGUAGGUAGUAGUGUAACAGCAAUAUAGGCUCCCUCAAUAGCAGCAUUCUGGGUUCGUGCAGAAGUCCUUUCACUUAAGCCCCUCUUUGAUCGAUCAAUCGAAUGCGCUAGUUAAGUUUUUCAGCAUAUUCGUACAUAUAAACACCGAUUUAAUCCGAUUCGAAACCAAAAAAUAUCAAACCAUCAAUCCAUUCACAUCGUCACAAAGUCAUAGCGAUGAAAAAUAGUACUUUGAUCAGUGCCAAUUGCUGAAAGACCUAAUGAGGAGGAAUUGAAGAGCUGACCUCAGAGAAGCAACAAGAACUAUUGCCCACAGCAGAAGUGCAGAACCUUCCAGCCAAGAGUCCAAUAGCACUGUGUAUGAGGUAACUACAGCCAUCAUAGAACCAAACUUUUUUGUCUGCACAAUUAAAGAAACCACCAAAUUGACCCAACAAACCUGCAAAAGAAAUUGUAAACGACCUGAUUGACCCAUCCAACACUAACGGAAAAAAAAAAAGUGGAAACCCCAAGUUGGGUCACUACUAUAAAGCACCAAAACCAGCGCGCACCUACUGAAUCAACUCCAUGAUAGUGGAACCAGCAAAUGGACACACCCAACGUGACACAAGUUUCAGCCUCCAAUAGGGACCCAAAAAAGGAAUGGUGGUGCUGAGAAAUGCACAAUUGGCAAAAAAGUGGUGCGCCACUUGCACCACCGGCCAUUGGGCACUUCCACUGCACUUCAGAAAAUGCAGAGAGGAAGAGAAAAGGGCCAAAAUCCAUGCAUGCAUGACAGUGAGUGAUCUCCCUACCCAUGUCCUAAUCUCAUUCCACCACAUAAGGAAAGACAAACAAGGAUGGGAUUGCAGCAUUUUACUUGAAAAAGUACACUAGACGACCAGGGAAAGAAAGUGACACAGAUUUGAGAAAGCCAACAUUAAAGUGAUGGACAACCCACUUAAGCCACUUCAUAAAAGAGUGAUUUUAGC